GGGGCCGGGAGGAGGAAGGGGAGGAGGCGGAGGCGGGAGCGGCAGCGGCGGCGAAGGCGAAGGCGGCGGCGGCGGCGGAGGGGAGGUUGCGCCCGGGACUGUGUCUGCCGAGCUCCGCGGCUGUGGCUGUGUGAGUGAAGGAGCGGCGCGGGGAGGCAGAGGCGAGCGCGGGCGAGUGCGGCGGCGGGACGUCUCCGGCGGCUGCGGAGCAGCGGCGACGCUCGGUGUGGGGAAGCAGCGGCGGCAGCGGCGGCAGCAGCAGCGGCAGCAGCGGCGGCCGCCUCUCCGCCGCCGGGGACGCCGAGGCGCGGCUGGUGGCACUGACAUCGGCGGCCCUGCCUCUCCGCCCUCGCCCCCGGCCCUCCCCAUGUGAUCGGUCUUAAUCCCGGCAGUGUGCGCGCGUGGGGCUCCAUUCCGCGGUGCCCGAUCUCGGUGCCAGGGUGGGCGCUCGUGUGUGCGCUUCCCCUCCCCAUCCCCCUCCCCCCAAGAAUAAAAGAAGAACCGAGAGGCGUGCUUAGAAAAUAAAUAAAUCACCACCACACACGCGCAGCCGGGAGCGGAGUCGGCGGGGCUGGCGGCGGCGGCGGAGGAGGAGUGAAGGCGGCGGCGGCGGCGGCGGAGGAGGGACGCGCGGAGAAGGCAGUAACUUUAAAGCCAGCUCAGAGCCCAGACCUCCAGCCGAGCGGUUUGCAGCGCGGCGGCGGCGGCGGCGCUGAGUGUCUGGCCCGCCGGUCCGGUCGGGGUGUUCAGUAGGACGGACGAGCAGCGCGUCGCUGUCCCCCGGCGGCUGGAGAUGUCCGAGCCCAAGGCAAUUGAUCCCAAGUUGUCGACGACCGACAGGGUGGUGAAAGCUGUCCCAUUUCCUCCAAGUCACCGGCUUACAGCAAAAGAAGUGUUCGAUAAUGAUGGGAAACCUCGCGUGGAUAUCUUAAAGGCACAUCUCAUGAAGGAGGGCAGGCUGGAAGAGAGCGUCGCGUUGAGAAUAAUAACAGAGGGGGCUUCAAUUCUUCGGCAGGAAAAAAAUUUGCUGGAUAUUGAUGCUCCAGUCACAGUGUGUGGGGACAUCCAUGGACAAUUCUUUGACCUGAUGAAGCUUUUUGAAGUGGGGGGAUCUCCUGCCAACACUCGCUACCUCUUCUUAGGGGACUAUGUUGACAGAGGGUACUUCAGUAUUGAAUGUGUGCUGUAUUUGUGGGCUUUGAAAAUUCUUUACCCCAAAACACUGUUUUUACUUCGUGGAAAUCAUGAAUGUAGACAUCUAACAGAGUAUUUCACAUUUAAACAAGAAUGUAAAAUAAAGUACUCAGAACGCGUAUAUGACGCCUGCAUGGAUGCCUUUGACUGCCUGCCCCUGGCUGCCCUGAUGAACCAGCAGUUCCUAUGUGUACACGGCGGUUUGUCUCCAGAGAUUAACACCUUAGAUGAUAUCAGAAAAUUAGACCGAUUCAAAGAACCACCUGCUUAUGGACCUAUGUGUGAUAUCCUGUGGUCAGACCCCCUGGAGGAUUUUGGAAAUGAGAAGACUCAGGAACAUUUCACUCACAACACAGUCAGGGGGUGUUCAUACUUCUACAGUUACCCGGCUGUAUGUGAAUUCUUACAGCACAAUAACUUGUUAUCUAUACUCCGAGCCCAUGAAGCCCAAGACGCGGGGUACCGCAUGUACAGGAAAAGCCAAACAACAGGCUUCCCUUCUCUCAUUACAAUUUUUUCAGCACCAAAUUACUUAGAUGUAUACAAUAACAAAGCUGCAGUAUUGAAGUAUGAGAACAAUGUCAUGAAUAUCAGGCAAUUCAACUGUUCUCCUCAUCCAUACUGGCUUCCAAAUUUCAUGGAUGUUUUCACUUGGUCCCUGCCAUUUGUUGGGGAAAAAGUGACUGAGAUGCUGGUAAACGUCCUCAACAUCUGCUCAGAUGAUGAACUAGGGUCAGAAGAAGAUGGAUUUGAUGGUGCAACGGCCGCAGCCCGAAAGGAGGUGAUACGGAACAAGAUCCGAGCCAUCGGCAAGAUGGCCAGAGUGUUCUCGGUUCUCAGAGAAGAGAGUGAGAGUGUGCUGACGCUGAAAGGUCUGACGCCCACGGGCAUGCUCCCCAGCGGAGUGCUCUCUGGAGGGAAGCAAACCCUGCAAAGCGCUACUGUUGAGGCUAUUGAGGCUGAUGAAGCUAUCAAAGGAUUUUCACCACAACAUAAGAUCACUAGCUUCGAGGAGGCCAAGGGCUUAGACCGAAUUAACGAGAGGAUGCCACCUCGCAGAGAUGCCAUGCCCUCCGACACCAACCUUAACUCCAUCAACAAGGCUCUCGCCUCAGAGACUAACGGCACAGACAGCAAUGGCAGUAAUAGCAACAAUAUCCAGUGACCACUUCCUGUUCACUUUUUUUUUUUUUUUUUUUUUUUUUCUGAGCUGCAGGGCGUGAUGGGGAGGAUUGCUACAUAUCAGCAGUUGGAUGUUCUUGCCUCUGAUGGUAGCUUAUUUGCUCUGGGGCCAGGAGUUGGAUUCAGUUUACACUAUCGUUAAAAAGAGGGAGAGAGAUAAUAAACUAUAUUUUGGUGAGGGUGAGGGUGGUGAUUAAACACCUCUUUUGGGUAUGCCUUUUAAAAUGCUUAUAGGAAAAAAAAAUUUUAAAAGAAAGCUAAUGCUAGUAUAUACUGCAAUAUUAGGGGAAUGAACAUGUUUUCCUACUGCAUUGGGGACUUCUAGAUAGGUUAAUGAGAGGUCUUUUAUUAUGUUACUGGACACGAAAACUUUGUCUAAUUUCUUACUCUAUUGUACGUUUACAGUUGCAGCACUAAAAAUGGAUGACAUCAAACAUUUUUAACAAAAUGAUGUACAAACUAAAUAAGGACUAUUUAUUGAUAAUGUUUUGCUACUCUUGUCAGACAAUGGCUAUAAAAUGAAUUAGGCAGUCUUUAAAAAAAAAAAACAGAAAAAAAAAAAAAAGAA